UGUGCUUUGAAGAUCAGAAAGCUUACAGCUGGGCCUCAAGACACUGCUGGGGUCUGUAGGUCGGUGGGAUGUGCAGAGCCUGUUAAACCCGCUGGAUUUGCCCUGUGAGCUGUGGAGCUCUGUAACCGCUGUGGAGCUCUGUUCCUGCAGCUGGAUGUGAAUUCUCCUUAUCUUGUGGAACCUUAACGUUGCUUCAAAGUUAACAGAUGGAUGCCAGGAUUUGCAAUUUGUGUUUAAGAUUUGUGAAGUAGCUGUAGGGUGAUUGGCAGUGAGCGCCUGGAAAAGUAGUUUCCAUAGGUAGAAUCGAAUCUCAGAAGUUUAUUUUAUGAACUGUGAAUCAUGGGGCUCUGUAUACUUCACUCCUACGCUAUAGUGUUAGCAAUAUCCUUGGCUUCUGCAGUGAGCUUUCCGGAAGAUGAUGAACCUAUCAAUGUUGUAGACUAUCAUUAUUCAAGGCAAUACCCAGUGUUUCGAGGACGCACUUCAGGCAAUGAAUCACAACACAGCCUGGACUUUCAACUCAUGCUAAAAAUUCGAGAUACGCUUUAUGUUGCUGGAAGAGAUCAGGUUUAUGCUGUAAAUUUAAAUGAGGUACCGAAGACUGAAGUAACUCCAAGCAAAAAAUUGACGUGGAGAUCGGGGCCUUCAGACAGAAAGAACUGUGCAUUGAAAGGAAAACACAAGGAUGAGUGCCAUAACUACAUCAAGGUUUUUGUUCCAAGGAAUGAUGAGAUGGUCUUUGUUUGUGGCACAAAUGCCUUUAAUCCCAUGUGUAGAUAUUACAGGUUAAACUCAUUAGAGUAUGAUGGGGAAGAGAUAAGUGGCUUAGCCCGAUGUCCAUUUGAUGCUCGGCAAACUAAUGUUGCACUUUUUGCUGACGGGAAGUUAUAUUCUGCCACUAUGGCGGACUUCCAAGCUAGCGAUGCAGUCAUCUAUAGGAGCAUGGGGGAUGGAUUUGCUCUGAGGACCAUUAAAUACGAUUCUAAAUGGCUAAAAGAGCCUCAUUUUCUUCAUGCAAUAGAGUAUGGAAGCUAUAUCUACUUCUUCUUUCGUGAAAUUGCUGUGGAGCAUAAUAAUUUAGGCAAGGCCGUUCACUCUCGUGUUGCACGUAUAUGCAAAAAUGAUUUAGGGGGCUCCCAGAGAGUGCUUGAAAAACAUUGGACAUCAUUUGUGAAGGCGCGGCUUAAUUGCUCUGUUCCCGGGGAUUCAUUCUUCUACUUUGAUGUUCUGCAGUCUAUCACAGACAUAAUAGAAAUCAAUGGAAUUCCCACUGUUGUUGGUGUAUUUACUACACAGCUUAAUAGCAUCCCAGGUUCAGCAGUUUGUGCUUUUACCAUGGAUGACAUUGAGAAAGUAUUCAGAGGAAGGUUUAAAGAACAAAAGACUCCAGAUUCUGUUUGGACAGCUGUACCUGAAGAUAAAGUGCCCAAGCCAAGACCUGGCUGCUGUGCAAGACACGGUUUAGCUGAAGGUUAUAGGUCUUCCACUGAAUUUCCAGAUGAAACCUUGUCAUUCAUCAAGUCCCAUCCUUUGAUGGAUUCGGCGGUGCCUUCUAUCAUAGAAGAGCCCUGGUUCACUAAGACACGUGUCAGGUACAGGUUGACCGCUGUUGCAGUGGACCACUUAGCUGGACCUUACCUGAACUACACCGUCAUAUUUGUGGGCUCUGAAGCUGGUGUUGUACUGAAGAUUCUGGCAAAGACCAGUCCUUUUUCUCUGAAUGACAGUUUAUUACUUGAAGAAAUUGAUGCUUACAAUCGUGCAAAGUGUUAUGGGGAGAGUGAAGAGGACAAAAGAGUCCUGUCACUGCAGCUGGAUAGAGAUCAUAAUGCGUUAUUUGUGGCAUUCUCAAGUUGCGUUAUCAGACUUCCCCUUAGCCGCUGUGAGCGGUAUGGUUCAUGCAAGAAGUCUUGCAUUGGUUCACGAGACCCUUAUUGUGGUUGGCUUAACCAUGAAUCUUGUGGCAGAGUGAAACCUGGCAUGUUCUUUGGAUAUGAACAAGAUGUGGAAUAUGGUAAUACUGCACAGCUUGGAGACUGUCAUGAAAUUUUGUCUACUACAACUACACCAGAUUACAAAAUAUUUGGCGAUCCAACAUCUGACAUGGAAGUUCCCUCAUCUUCUGUAACCACUUUGACAAGUAGCCCAGUAAUAUUACCUAAAGUGAUUGGUUCCUGGAAACCCAGAAUGACUGGCUCUCGGAAAUUUGUUUAUCAAGAUGACCCAAACACCUCUGAUUAUGUUGAUCUAUUAACAGGUGUUCAUAAGGGUGUUAGAUGGGAAGUACAGUCAGGGGAAUCGAACCAAAUGGUGCAUAUGAAUGUUUUGAUCACCUGUGUCCUUGCUGCAUUUGUACUUGGAGCUUUCCUUGCAGGAGUAGUGGUUUAUUGCUACAGAGAGAUGUUUAUACGUAAAUCUAGAAAAAUGCACAAAGAUGCAGAGUCUGCACAAUCCUGCACAGACUCAAGUGGAAGCUUUGCUAAACUUAACGGCUUAUUUGAUAGUCCAGUUAAAGAAUAUCAGCAAAACAUUGAUUCACCAAAGCACUAUACAAGCAUUUUGACUAGAAAGGAAUUGCCUCCAAAUGGUGACACAAAAUCCAUGAUGAUGGACACCCAAGGACAACCACCUGAACUAGCUGCACUUCCAACCCCUGAAUCAACACCAGUUCUUCAUCAAAAGAACCUGCAACCCAUUAAAAACCAGUGGGAGAAAGCUCACAAUAACCUAAAUAUUUCACGGAAAGAAACACCUCUUAAGAGCCCACAAUUUUUUCCAUCCAGUCCCCCACCACAUUCACCUUUAGCUCAUGGACAAAUUCCAAGUGCAGUUGUUCUUCCAAAUGCCACCCAUGAUUACAAUACAUCUUUUUCAAAUUCGAAUGCACACAAAUCAGACAAAAAAGUUCAUAACGUUGACCAUUCACUAACAAAACAGUCAAGUAAGAGAGACCACAGGCGUUCUGUCGAUUCCAGGAAUACAUUGAAUGACUUUUUGAAACAUUUGAAUGAGUCUGCAGGAAGCCCAAAGGCUAUAAUGGCAGAUAUUCAAGUAGUUCACCAGAAUGGCCAUCAGGCACCUCAUCAGACUUUAAUGCUUGAUACAAUGGGAAACAUGUCUGAAAUUCCUCCAAAAGUCCCAAACAGGGAAGCAUCUUUGUAUUCUCCAUCUUCUACUCUUCCUAGAAACAGCCCAACAAAGCGAGUGGAUGUUCCUUCAACCCCAAAUGGGCAAAUGACAGCUUUAGAAUCACAAAGAAAUUAUCAUAAAAACUCUUCUCAGAGGCAUUCAAUAUCAGCCCUUCCUAAAAGUAUGAACUCACCAAAUGGUGUUUUAAUUUCCAGACAGCCCAGUAUUAGUCGGGGAGGGUAUAUGCCUCCAAGCCCAAAUCCAAGAGUGGAUUACGUGCAAGGAGCUCCUGUUAUUGUUCAUCAACAGACUUCAUUGUCAAGACAAAGCAGUUAUUCAGGGCAUGGAACUCUUCCUCGUACAGGAAUAAAGAGGACACCAUCUAUUAAACCUGAUGUGCCACCAAAACCAUCAUUUGCUCCACAAAACACUUCUGUAAGACAGCUGAACAAAUACAGCUACUAAAACAUUUAUUUUCUGUAAAACAGACCUCUUAUAACACACUAUGUUGUAAUCUACAACUUCAGGCAAAGACUUGCUUGCCUGAUCAAUCCUGAACAAAGUGGCCAAAGAAGUUGUCUUUAAUUAGGCAACAUCAUGUCUUGCCACAUACAGGAGCAGCAAGACAUACUUGUGAAAAACAAAAGAAAAUGCUGGUCAUUUUUUUUUCUUUUAUUUGGAGCUAAGUGGACAUGUAGCACAGAGGGGCUAUUUUACCUUUACAGAAACCUGAUACAGUGCUAAGAACUAUGAUAUACUUGAAAUGGGCUUACAUUUAGACUGCCACCGUGUGUAGCUAUCCCAUUAAAUGUGAACAUUUUAAUAUGUAUGCAUUCACAUUGCCUCUUGCACAAAUGUCUGAAACUUGUCUCAAUAUUUGCGUUAUUAUGUAAUUACUGCUCUCUCAAGCUUAAAUGUAAUUUUUCAUCAUUCUGUAUAUCACAAUAAAUCUAUAUAUGUGUGUACUUUGUAUGUACAUAUUUUCUGUACACAGACAUAUACACAUAUAUAUAUAUAUAUUAUCUUUGCAAUUUUUGUAUGCUAUGGACAAGUUUACAUUGAGCAUGACUGAACAAAUAUAUUACUGCCUACCACUAUAAUUCCGCUGAGCUUGUAUUUGAGUGAAACAGAUCAUUUUUCAUUUCUGUCUCUCAAAUGAUUAUCUUGGCUGAACGUGGUACCUUGUGCAAGAAUGUAAAGAUUCUCAAUAAUAUUAUGCUGCUAUUUAAUCAAUAUUCUGUAUUUCCACUGGAAACUAUACUGUGGAUUUUAUUUAUCCACAGUUGGUCAAUUAUAGCAUUAAUGGUAGCUUGUGUUACCUGAUCACUGCAAAUUGAAAACCAAUAAAUGUACCUCUUGUGCUAGAGGAAAUAACUAACAGUUGCAGUGCCAUCAAUGUAAUCCUUUCCCACACUAAAAUAAUACUGCUUAAUUGUUACACCCCUUCCCUUGAAUAUUGAAGUUCAGAACAGCCUUGUUAAAAUAGUAUGUUCAACUGUAGUGCAAUGUCUGUUUCAUGUAUGGAUGUUUUAUAAAGUCAUGCAGGUAAUGACAAUAUUCUGUACAAAUGGUUGAGAGAAUCUGAAUCUGUGCAUUUUGUGCCUUAUUCAUGAGAAUAAAAUAUAGUCUGUCAUGUCUUUAGUAUAGCACGUCAUAUUAACCGAGUGCCACAAAUAAACACUUUGAAUAAGCCCCUAAAUCAGUGUAAUAUAAGGAGGAAUAAAGUAAAUGCUCACAGUCAGAACUAUCACUUACUUUGAGACAUUCCACUUCAGAAUACUGAAGGAUUACCGUUUCUAAUACUAAAUAACAUUUUCUAGAUUAAUGUAACACCUGGUUAAACAAUGUAAAACAUUUCCAAGAUUCUACAGUAUCUUCUUGUUACUGGAGUUAAACACAGAUGGCUAUUUUAGCUGAAACAUGCAAAUAAGCAUAUUGUUUAUUGAGCAUAACAUAUACUAAUUUAAAAGCAAUGGUUGAAUGGUGUUUUAGUCCUAAAACAAAAAUUGUCCAAUUAAUGUCAGUUUUACAUGAAAUAUUAUUUAUAUAUUUGAAUUAGAUCUUUUGUAUAAAUGUGUCGAUAUAAACCACAUUUUAUUUUGUUCCCUGUGGCCAAAGUUAAGAACAUAAAAUUUAGGUUUUAAGCACUCUUUAAAUUAAACGUAUAUGCAAUUAUCGCUACUAAGUCAUAUAUUUUAAAGUGUACACACUGAUGUGACUUCAUGUUUAAUGUAAUAAUAGGAACACUUAAGACUGUACAAGCAGAGUCAUAACAAUCUGUUAAACCAGAUAACAUUGUGCGGCUUUGUAUUGUGGGUUCUAUCAGUAUUUCUGUUGACAUUUCUAACAAUCAGUCUAGGUCAAACCAUUAAUUUAAUAAAGUGCUUUAUCCAUUUGUGUGAAGGUAAAGAGCAGAUUGUAUCUUUUUUUAUAAUGGUACAUCAUAUAAAAGUAACUAUAAUAUUAAGUUGCUCUAUCCUGUUCUGUAGGGUACUUUACCGUGUAGAUAUAUUGUAUAGUUGUAUUGUGAAUGUGUAAAUAAAUCUGUAAUUUUUGGGUUUUUAACACCGCAUGUAAAGUUAAAAUAAAAUACUCAAAUGAAAA